AUCGAGUAGUUCCCGACCUGAGUCGGGCGAUGACGUCGUUCUCCGGGAAUGAGACUCCUCGCGAGGCGGACGAUUGGUUGGAGGAAAUCGUAGGUAUGACGACUCUAAAUCGUUGGCCAUUCGAAUACGUGCUGCAGUACGUCCGAAUGCACUUGACCGGUCCGGCGAAAGAUUGGUUUUCGGGCCGUGAGUUUGCUGACUGGCGUAUGUUCGAACAGAAAUUCAGGUCAGUUUUCGUGCGUGAUGCGUGUGCGGCCGACCGCGAGGACGAAAUGCGUGCUCGGAAGCAAGGGCCGACCGAAUCUUUAAUCGCUUAUUUACAACCUAAACUCCGAAUGUGCAGGGGUAUAGGACAUUCAUUCGAAGUGUCCAAAGAUUAUGUUCUUCGCGGGCUGAGGUCUAAAGACAUGGCUUUGUACGCUGUUGGAAGGGUUCACGCAGGUGAGGAAGAACUGUUGAGUGACCUAUUGAAUUGGGAACGCAUGCGUGCGUUGCAUUCGCCCACGACCGCGUCGAAGUAUGCCGCCCCAAAAUUAGCGACGGCGACACCUGCCUGUCAGAUUCCUAAGAAGAAGACUGAUGAGUCCGGCAGAUGGAAGAAAGUUGAUAAGACGGCCGUGGUGUCGAGUGGGACCCGUGAGGACGCUUCCCCCGCCAGCUGUUGGGUAUGCAAGAAAACGGGUCAUGUGUCGCGUGACUGUCCUGACAGGUUGAAGCGGAAACUCGUGUGUUUCGGUUGCGGGGUUGAGGGACACAUACGACCCAACUGUCCAGAAAAGGACCAGACAAAUGUUGCCGAAACAAGACCAGUAUCAUUGAGUCAUCCUUAUAAGAAAGUUGGUCUAGUCAAUGGUAGAGAGGUUGAUAGUUAGUAGUGACGUAGUGACGUUACGCUAGUUGGCGCGCGUCGAUGUCGACUCGUGACGUUUCGUUGUUCUUUCGAUUGUGUUGUAAUUUUUAAUAAUGUGUUCUUUUUCCUGUGCGUUAUAAUAAUUAAUAAACGAGCUAUUGAUCGAGACGAAACAUUUGCUUAUUGAUUAGGAGAAGUUAACAAUAGUGUAGGUAGUAUU